AUGAAACCCGCGUGGGACAAGCUCGGCAGUAAAUACAAAGAUCACGCGUCGGUGAUGAUCGUGGACGUGGAUUGCACCGCGGAUGGCGCGCAAACGUGUCAGAAAAUGGGCGUGCAAGGGUACCCGACGAUUAAAUACUUCCUCGCAGGGGACAAGAAAGGGAAGGAUUACCAACAAGGGAGAGAUUUCGACGCAAUGCUCGCGUUUACGAAGAAAACCUUAGACGUGGAGAAGUGCGACGUGAAGACGAAGAAAGCGUGCAAACCGAACGAAAUCGCGUUGAUUGAGAAAUUCGACGGGAAGACUUCCGCGGACAUCGCGGAAGAAUUGAAGAAACGAUCGGAGGAGUUGAAGACGAUAAAGUCAGACAUGAAGGCGGCGAAGCUGGAACACAACACCAAGGUCGCGACGUGGAAGAAAAGAGAGGCGGCAUUGAAUAAAGGGGAGGCUAUUUUGAAGCAGUUGGAGCAGUUGAGGAAGAAAGACGAGUUGUAA